AAAGCGGCUGGAGAGUUUCUGCACGAUAUUCUAAUCAAUACCGAUCGAUAAGCCCCCAGUCUGAUCAGCCCGAUAUUCUCCUGAGCGGCGGGAUCCCGGAGCACACAGGAACUCUGCACACACACACACACACACAUACACUCACACGCAGCGGCGGCAGCACCGGAUCCUACUUGUGAAACUGCGCGCGGAGGAUCGAUGCUUUCUCUUUGUGAUCGAUAAGCCGAGCGUGUGAUCGGUUCGGGCUCUGCAGGGUCAGUGCGCGCAGUCCGCAGUCCGGAGCUCCUGGAGGUUUCCCGGACUCGGAGCAGCAGACAGGCAGAGGAGCGGAGAGGAGGUGGCGCUCCGCUCUGCGUCCGGGACAACACCGACUCUCUCUCUCUCUCUCUCUCUCUCUCUCUCCCCCUCUCUCUCUCCUUCACCGUCUCCUCCUGCUGGAGAUAAAUUAACGGAAAGCAGCUGUCGGUUGUUUUAGAGGCGAGGCGGCCGUCUGGCAGCUCAGGGAUCCCGUUUUGCCUUUUUUUCUUUCUUCCUCGUCAGAUCUGUUUUUCGCGGGACUCCGCCGACAGCGCUGCCGCCGCCGCUGCCGCUGCACCGCGCCCUCCGUCCCGAGCACCGAGGAGCCGCACCGCCGCACGCCGGCCACAGCGCACCGCAGGACGGAUAGACAUGUUGCCGAGGUCCGCCGGUCGCCGCGGCUCUCCGGCGGUCUGAAAUGCACUUUCGGGACGUUUUGGAGAUUUGCACCGUCCACCGCCCCCACCGGCCGCUCCCGCCUCACCCCCCAGCACCGACACCGCACCGGGCCGCCCUGUGAUUGUUUAUUCUGAUUUCCACUUUCUCUAACGGGACUUUUCUCUUGUUGCUGGAGAUGUUCUUCGGGUCUGGGCUCAAAGUUGUGCGCUCCCCGGCGGAGGGCCUCUAACAGGUCCGGACAGUACAUGUAACCCGAGGCGGGGUCAAAGUUCAGCCCUGGUUGGAAAUGUGAAAGCGAAGGGGGCAAAAGGAGGGCUCUAUUUCCCCCUCUCUCACUCUCUCUCCUUCUUUUUUUCUGUUCUUUCCUUUUUUCACACACACACACACACACACACACGCGCACACACACACACACACACACACACACACACACACACACACACUACACGCACGCGCACACACACAGGCUGGAGUUACAGUAACACACACACAUAAACACACACACACCUUCCAGGUCUAGGAUUAGAUCCGACAGAUAUGUAUUCUCCGCUAUGUUUAACACAGGAUGAAUUCCAUCCUUUCAUCGAAGCCCUGCUGCCCCACGUCCGGGCCUUCGCCUACACAUGGUUCAACCUGCAGGCCCGCAAGAGGAAGUACUUCAAGAAGCACGAGAAGCGCAUGUCCAAGGAGGAGGAGCGCGCCGUGAAGGACGAGCUGCUCAGCGAGAAGCCCGAGGUCAAACAGAAGUGGGCGUCGCGCCUCCUGGCCAAACUGCGCAAGGACAUCCGGCCCGAGUUCAGGGAGGACUUUGUGCUGACGGUGACGGGGAAGAAGGCGCCGUGUUGCGUGCUGUCCAACCCCGACCAGAAGGGCAAGAUGAGGAGGAUCGACUGCCUGCGCCAGGCGGACAAAGUGUGGAGGCUGGACCUGGUCAUGGUGAUUUUAUUCAAAGGGAUUCCCCUCGAAAGUACUGACGGGGAGAGGCUGGUAAAGUCUCCUCAGUGUUCGAACCCCACCCUGUGUGUGCAGCCGCAUCACAUUGGAGUUUCAGUCAAGGAGCUGGAUCUCUACCUGGCCUACUUCGUGCACGCAGAAACCGGCCAAUCAGAAAGCCCCAACCAGGCCAGCGAAUCGGAUAUCAAGGAGCAGCCAGAGAACGGUCAUCUGGGUUUUCAGGACAGCUUUGUGACGCCCGGCGUCUUCACGGUGGCCGAGCUAGUACGAGUCUCACAGACACCAAUCGCAGCCGGCACCGGUCCAAAUUUCUCCCUGGCCGACCUGGACAGCUCCUCCUACUACAGCAUGAGUCCAGGAGCCAUGAGGAGACCGCUACCUAGCACCUCCUCCUCCAGCUCUGCCAAGAGGAUAAAGUGUAUGGAGGAGGACGUGGACAGUCCAGGAGAAGAGUCCUACUACCCCAGUCAGGGUCGAUCUCCGGGCAGUGGCAGCCAGGCCAGCAGCUGGCACGACGUGGAGCCAGCUGGAUAUAAGCUGCGUGGCUCUCUAGCUAGCUCAUUCAUCUCCCGACAAGGGAUGCCGUCGCCCGCCGGCGCUCUAAAGAAGUCAGAGAAGUCUGGUUUCUGCGGCGCCGUGCCUUCACCGAGCGGCGCCUCCUCCACCUCCUCCUCUUCUUCUUCCUCCUCUUCCCCCCGAACGGCUUUCACACACCAUCACCGGCCUGUCAUUACCGGGCCUCGAGCGAGCCCCCACGCUCCCCCCUCCAGCCUCCACUUCUCCUCCUCCCCCAUCCUGCAGCAGCCUGGCUCCUACUUCUCCCACCCGGCCAUCAGGUAUCACCCGCAGGAGACGCUCAAGGAGUUCGUCCAGCUGGUCUGUCCUGACUCCGCCCAGCAGGCCGGACAGGUGGGCUUCCUCAACCCCAACGGUAGCUCCCAGGGAAAGGUCCACAAUCCUUUCCUGCCGACGCCCAUGCUGCCUCCCCCUCCGCCUCCCCCGAUGGCACGUCCCGUCCCGCUGCCCGUUGACGCCAAGCCACCCUCCACCUCCUCCACUGAGGGGGGAGGCAACUCACCCACCUCGCCCACCUACUCCACCCCCACUUCAUCUCCAGCCCAGCGGUUCGUCAGCGUCGGACCCAGAGACCCUGGCUUUAACAUCCCUCAGCAACCACAGUGGUACCUGGGAUAAGGACUCCAGAGGCCCCUCCCCCCCUCCACCCACCUGUACGACAGAUCGCUGCAGCCUCCUCCUCGACUUUUGACCUUUUGAUGCCAGCUGCGACAGAGAGUCCUGUCUUGCCCCCCCGACCCUCCUCCCACUUUCUGCGCCUGACUCCACCCCCACCAGCGCCAUACACAGACUCAGCAGCAUCAGCAUGGCUACAGCGGAUCGCCCCGCCCCCGGUGUUAAACGCCCGCUCUGUAAACUGUAGACUUCCCCUGUAGACAUAUGGCUCAUAUGUCGAUGUCCAUAUAUAGUGCCAGACCCCGCCCCCCUCCCCCCCCUUCAAAACCAGACCAGGCUGAUCAGUCGGGGGGGGUGAUUGAGCGCCUUUGAUUUCUGGGAACGCCGCAAGACUGAAUCACAGAGCUUCCCCCUCCGGAGAAACUACUCUCCCAUCAUCCUCUGCGGCAUCCAGUGCACUAUCCGACCCCCCCAUCCUGGUGGGGUUGGUUUGGUUGGUGGGACAGGAUGGGAUGCACCGUUUUUAGGGGGAGAGGGGGGGUGUUACAGCAGCUAAUAUCUCCCCCUCGCCCUCACCCCACCUCUUGAGACUCCACCCCCAUCCUGACCCCGCCCCCUGGUUGGUGGCACGUCAGGGAGGGGGCGGGGGGGAGCCUCUUUCCAAGGACAUGGACCAGUGCUUAAUGGAAAGCAGUAAUUACCUGAACUACUCGUGGAGGGGUGAGGGGGUGACGGUGGGGAGUCGGGGGGGGGGGGGGGGUCACACAGGUGUGUUGAUGUGUUGCGACCAGACGCUGGUGGUUUAUCUGGGAGGCUUCUGGCUUCAUGGCUCAUUGAUUUUUUUUUUCUCUUAAGCCGUCAUUUUCAGCUGGUCCCCCUCCUCUUCCUCCUCUUCCUCCUCUAUCCAUCCACCAGUGCGGGCGAAGCUGAGGGUGGGGGGGCAGAAAGCUCUGGUGUCCGAACAAAACGCAGCGAGGCAGACAGGAGAAAACUCCACCAGUGGAAUAUUGAUCACGAGGAAAGUGCAAUUUUGUUGGCUAUAGCUGUUUGGAUAGUUAAAUAUCUUUGUAAGAUAGCUCGUUGAAAUCAGUUGUUGGAAAGUAUAUAUAAAAUAUAUUUUUCUUCCUAGUCCGCUCACACCUCUGGGACUCUAAAAUACUGGGGUACAAAAAGACGACGACACAGCAUCGAAGUAGAAACCAUAGCCUUGUGAGAAAUAAGGGGAGCUGUAUUCACAUUUAUUGUUUAUUAUUUGUUUGUUUGUUCAUCUUGUAAAGCUGUUAGCAUGGUAGAACAAGAAUCCCUUUAAGAAAUAUCAUUUUUAAAAAACAAUCAAUUUUUUUUGUUUGCUUAAAAGAGAAAAAAAAGCGAUUAACUUAUUUUAAUGAGCACAUCGUUUUACUUAAAACACAAAAAAGCUAUUAGAAUUUCUCACGAGGCGAAAUCAGGAGAAAAUAUAACGAGUUGUUUUUUCUCCGGUUUCUGUUGGCGAGAUAAUCUUUUAACGGGUGCCGCCCGGCGAACGGGUCGCCCCGACGAUCGGCCGCCCAGGGAGGGGGGUCUCCUAGAGGUCCCACCCCGGCGUCCAAUCAAAAGCACUUAUUCCUGCAGUUGGCCAAUGGGCCGCGAGUGUAAUCAGGGGGGUGUGGUUUAGCGAUGAAGAGGCAGAGCAGAGGGUAACUCUCUGGAAGCUUUCGUCCACAAAUAGACAGCCGAGCGCUUCACAUGCAACUUACCAUUUUAUUCAACUUCAGUUUUUGUUUUUCCUUUCCUAUACUAUAUAUAUAUAAAUAUAUACACACACACACACACACACACACACACUCUUACGACCAUCCAGCGUCGAUCAAAAGUGAAUUUAAGUGAAAACGUUAAAAAAAAAAGAACAAAAAAAAAAAAUCUGCAUGUUCUAGUGUUAGUGACAAAUUUUUCCAUAGAUGAUGUAGUUAGUGAGAUAAAGACACUAUAUUGUAAACCCAACAUCAGGCACUUGCCAGCAGCCGUCAUUAGUUUGGCCCCGUCGAGGCCUUUUUCUAUCGCUCCUUCACAAACAACCAGCUCUCUUCGCUUCUCGGCAUCUUCUUUUUAUUUCCUCCUCCCUCCUCUCGUCCCACGACACACAGAUCAAUUCUGCUUUUCACUUCCUCUUUUCAUCAAAUUGCACGAAAAACUGAUGUUCCUCAUCAAUGUGCCUUGAGCUACGGUCCAGAUCCAACGUGGAGAGUUUUAUUGUUUCUUCCUUUUUUUAAAAAAAAAACCAACAACCUUUAUUUUCUUAUUUUUCCUCCACUGAGGUUUUGUAGGUAAACUGGAGGUAAUGACAGUCUGAGCUGAAGAGCUUCCACAGUUACUCACUGGUAAUAUCUCAGAUUUAAGAGGUCUCAGGCCUGCUCUGCACUGCUCUCUGCCCCCCCCCCCACCUGCAGCGCUCAGCAGAGACCUCACAGGUGAAUCUAUACCAGCUACAAUCAUCUCCAGAGCUCCGCUAACGGACGGCAACACGCUGAAACCCAGAGAUGAGCACCGAGUCCCCAACAGUUGAUUUGAUUUAGCUCUUUAGUUGAGGGACACUUUGAGUCGGGUUAGCUAAAUUAAGUUUUGCAGCUUAGUGAAAAGUUCACUUUAUUUCCGAACAGUUUAGUCAUUAAAACACUUUGAUUUAGAUUUGCUAACCGUUCAUUUUACACUAAGGUUAACUAACAAUGUAUGUUAUUCCCAGGUGGUAGAGUUCAGCAGAUAAACCUGAGUGAACACAUUGAGUCAGAUUAGCUAACUUUGAGUUUAGCAGCUUCAUUUUAUUUCCUUGUCCCUCGGGAAGCCGCUUAGGUUUACAAUAGUAAAUAGUUCAUUUUAUUCCCCAACAGUUCAGUUGAGCAGCUAUAAAGGUUUGGCUCCUUAACUUCUAAAGAAUUUUGAUGAUUUCUUUGUAGUUUUUAUCUGUGAGAAUAUUUAGGAAUAUUUAAAACAUUUGUCCUGUUGAGGACUUUGCACUCAUUUCACUAAAUUUGGUGAUGUCCAGAUCUUGCUCGAGCCGAUGGAGUUAAUGGAUGGAGAUGGUUUAUAACUGCUCAUUAAGCUUCAGUGUACCAUGUUUACCCCCCACCCGCCCCCUUCAUCCUGUCGCUGCAAUCUCCAAACAGCAAAAACUUUUCGUCUUCCUGAUUUCAUUUUUCAGUUUGUUCUACUUUUGUUCCCAGAAAUGAACGAUGAGGACAUAAAAAUAUGCAAUACCUGCUUGCACUCACUUAGACUUACUUUGUCUUACAUUGUUUUAUUUUCCUUUUCUUUACUUUCAACCAAAGUUGGCGUGCACGCGACUGGCAUCGUGCUCUGUGGUCGGUCCCUAAAAAUGGUGAAGCCAGCCCCGCGGCGAUGCUCCAGCUAAGCUGAGCCGCCGUCGCUCGGGGGAAUCCUACUUCCUUCCUUCCUUCCUUCCUUCCUUCCUUCCUUCCUGUUUUGAUAAUCUACCAGACGGCCGCAAUACUACAUUCGGGUCUCUCUUUCCUAAAGUUUUUUUUUUAUUCCUUUGGUCACAAACAAGCCUUAAACAAGUCCAACUUCUUCUCCAUCGCGCAGAAAACAGUUAAUCGAAGACAUUUUUGAUGACGUCCAACAUUUUAACCGCGCCCCGCCCUGCUCGGCAGAGGAUUUAGUAAAUAAAUUGUUUACCCGUUGUGUGUUCAGUCCGUCUGAUUAAUUUAACGGACAGCGACGCGCCGCCGUCGGCUGUGAUGGUUUAGUAGUUCCACUUGUGCGGGUUGUGUGUUUCCUCUUAGUGUGUUUGUUUUUGUCUCUGUUCUUGCCUACCCCUUUAGCCAUGAGUUGGGCAUUACUUCCUUAAUUAUCUGCACUAAAUAUGAAAUAAAUGACAAUAGUGAAAAAGUAUUACAUUAAAAAAAAAAGCUUCCAGGGCUUAAAAAGAGCGAAGGGAAUAAAAAAAAAUAAUUGCACGGACAUUUUUUUAAGUGUCACAAAACCUUGUGAAACAGCCUAGCAUCUAAUCAGCGACUUUUGGCUGUGUGUGUGUAAGAUAAACGACAAAAUUGCACCCUUUUUAAAGAAAGAAAAAAUGAAAAAGACUAUAAAAGCAAUAGUUUUGGGCAGUGUGUUUUUUUGUUCUUGUGUUGUGUGUGUAAUUUAGUUCUGGUACAGCAGCGAAGAGACGCAGAGAAGAGUUAGCUCUUAACGGACGGCAGCAGGGGCCCCGGUCGGGCCCCGACUGGGAGACAUGUUUGUAUGUUGUAUAGUUUUAUUAAUUACACUGAUUUUAAAGCUGCCCUAUUUUAUAAUGCAGGACUUUUGUAACAUUGAUUAAAUGAGGAAAAACUAGUGUUGUGAAUUUUCUGAUUGUUUGUAUCGAGGCCACAUUACUAGAACUGGUUUGGUUUGUUUUUCUGGGAACUGGAUUUAAGUUGAAAACUUUCCUGUUUCCUUAUUUUCUUUAUUUUGUUUCUUUAUUUGCUUUCCUUUUUUGUAUGUAUUUAAGGACAUUUCCUCUGUUGAUGGUAUAGCAUAUUCCUGUACUUAAAAAGUAUAGGGCGCUGUGGUGAUAAGACCAUUGUAAAUGGAUGUUACAGUAUGCUGUAUGUUUUGAAGGUUAUUUGUUGCAUCAGUGUUGAUGAAGCUAAAUCUAGGUAAUUCUGAGGAAAAUUGGUAAGAAAAGCAAGCGUUUUUUUAUGCAUUUUAAAAAUUUAGUUUUAGGCAGGAGACAAUGACAUAGCCAGCCAAAGGAUGCCCCUACUAUAAAUGCAUCUAGGCAUCUUUUUUUGUGUUCACCAUUCCAUGCAGGAAAAUAAACAGCUUGAUUAUGCAACAUGA